AUGGAUGAGACAGUUGCCGAGUUUAUCAAGAGAAUCUUCUUGAAGAUCCCAAUGACUGAAAUGAUGACAAUCCUGAGGACAUGGGAUGUUCUGUCUGAAAGUCAGCUGCAGACCGUAAAUUUCCGGCAGAGAAAGGAACCUCUUAUUCAGGACUUGGUUCUGCUCUGUGAGGAGAAGUGUACAAGUCUGGAUGACGUGGCCCUUUUAGACAUUAUUUAUAACCAGAUCCAUCGGCACCAGAAACUUUGGGAUGUUUUUAAGAUGAGUAAAGGAUCAGGGGAAGACAUUGACCUUUUUGAUAUAGAACAGUUCAAAAGUUCAUUCAUGAAAAUUCUUCGGAGAGCAUUAAAAAACGUGACAGUCAGCUUCAGAGCCGCAGAGGAGAAUGCAGUAUGGAUUCGAAUUGCCUGGGGAACACAUCACACAAAGCCAAACCAGUACAAAGCUACCUAUGUGGUGUAUUACCCCCAGACUCCCUAUGUGUUUGUAUCUGUCUCCAGGCUGAAGAGCAAUGUGCCCCUUUUGGGUCAGGCACUGAUGAUUGCUAGCAAACACCAUCAUAUUGUGAAAAUGGACCUCAGGAGCCGGUAUCUGGACUCCCUCAAGGCUAUUGUUUUUAAGCAAUAUAAUCAGGUCUUUGAAACUCACAACUCUGAACAUCUAGAGGAAACAAGCCUGUGGCUCGACACCGACAUGGAUUUAAGGAUCAUCCAUGAAAACAAAAUAGAAAAAGAAAGAGUCCAGAGAGUGACGCGGGAGACUUUUGGAGACUGCCCUCAACCAAGACUAGAAUUUGCACAGUACCAGCUUGAAACAAAGUUCAGAAGUGACUUUCGUGGGGGCAUCUUGGCUGAUCGGGAGGAACCCCUGAGGUGCCUGAUAAAGUUCUCUAGUCCACAUCUUCUGGAGGCAUUGAAAUCCCUAGCACCUGCCGGUAUUGCAGACGCACCACUUUCUCCACUGCUCACUUGCAUUCCCAGCAGGGGAAUUAAUUAUUUUAAAAUUAGAGAUAAAUGA